AUGCAUAUUGAAGCAUUAUUUUUCAUUGUUCUCGUGGCCUAUGGCCAAGUAGCAGAGCACCAGAAUGCUUACGCGGAUGACUGGGAUGCUGAAAAAGAUUGGACAUCACAUUUUGGGCCAUGCAGGUCUCAUUUUAUGUUCGAAUUUUCACCAUGUGAGCCGAAAACAAAAAUGUUGGCAUGCUGUCGGCGCUUCAAUCCGUUUGUGCUCUUCCUUCUUCUGCUCCUCAGUCUAAUAAUUAUAGCUGCUGUACCGAUACUGAUGCUAUGCUGCAUCUGUCCACCAUGGCGUGUACUAUGCGAAUGUUGUCUGUGCUGCUCAUGCUGUGCCAUUGAUGAAAAUGGAAAUUUUAUUCAUUUCAUAGAAGAUGAAGAGGAAACUGGAGAGGAUUUCAAUAUUAGGACAGAAGAUCAAACUUCCGUCAGAAGCAAAAUGGAAACGACAUCCAGAAGAUAAGGAAUAUGAACAGCGGGGAAGAAAUGCUAAACAACUUCAGGCUGCAAAUACUGAUGAAGCAUAAUGGAUUUAUAAACC